AUGUCGGCCAAGACCUGGAACAACCCGCGCGCAGAAAGCCUUGAUGGCAUCCCCCACCCGCCGGUAGGCAAGGCUGGCGUGUUGUGCUUUGACGACAACGGCUUCUACUCCUUCUCGUCCUUGCUGGUGCUGGAGCACAUUAUGAAGCGGAUCGGCAACGGAACCGAGACGCGUCCGUGCGAGCACUUUGACCUCAUCUGUGGGACCGGGCUGGGCGGCCUGAUCGCCCUCUUCCUCGGUCGGCUGGGCAUGACGAUUGGCGAGUGUCUCGACUGGUUUCGCAAGAAUUUGCCCUCCCUCCUUCCUAGUGGCCAGGCGUCCAUGUUUCUCGGCUGGGGAAAGAGGCUGCGGACGAACAACCGAGCGCUGGAGCGGGCGGUCAAGGCGGCUGUGCGCGCUCGCGGGCUGCCCGAGGACGAGCCGCUGCUGGACCCGGGCUUCUCGUCGGACAGCAGCAGACGGCCGGCGAGCUGCCGCGUCUUUGUCCUGGCGAUGCACCCGGGCAACAUCCACGUGCCGAUUCGGCUGCGAUCGUACACGUCCAAGAUGGACCCCGUGGCGGCAGACUGCUGUCUCUGGGAGGCUGCCGUGGCCGCCGAGGCCUCGCCGACGUACUACACGCCCGUGAUGAUGGGUCACCCCCCGGUGCCGUACAUGGCUGCCUCACUCGGCUUUUGCAACCCUUCCAAGGAGGCACUAGACGAGGCAGCCCGAAUCUGGGCUCUCCGGGGGGGCCGCUGCCUCGUCAGUCUCGGCACCGGAAAGCUGCCGCCCCGGCUCGACCUUGACGGCAUCCCGACCUCGUCCAGGCCUUUCCAGUUCACCCGGAGCAUGCUCCUCAUCCAUACCAUGUCUGCCAUCGCCACCGACACUCAGCGCGUCCACAUUGAGCUCAGCCGCGACGCCAAGUUUCUCGGCCUCCGAUACUUUCGCUUCGAAGCGUCCGAAGGCAUCUCGUACAAGUCCAGCUACGACAAGUCCGAGGUCCUCCAGGAACGUGUCCGGGCUGCCGUGAUCCGUUACGUCCAGCAGGAGGAAGUCUCCAAGGCACUCAGCUUCUGUGCCGAACACCUCCAUGGGGUGUUGGGUGGAUCGGCACUGCCGCCAGAGCUCAUCACACAGCUCUUCCCAGCGGUCAAUGAGGACGAAUUGCAGCAAAGACGAAGGAACAACGACAGAAGAGUUAAAAUCGCCAUCUUGGACUCGGGACUGGAUGCCCAGCACAAGGACAUUAUUCGCCUAUCGCAGGACGACGACGGAAAGAGCAAGAUCAGGGACGUCAAAGACUGGACGACAUCCUCGGUUGGGACCAGCGACUCGAUUGGUCAUGGAACCUACUGCGCAGCGCUCCUGCUCGAAGUAGCUCCCAACGCCGAUCUGUACGUGGCAAAGGUCUUUGAUUCGAGCACUGCUGACGAGGAGACGCCGACUCGAGUGUCCGAGGCCAUCACCUACGCUGUCGAGACCUGGAAGGUGGACAUUAUCGCCAUGGCCUUUGGCUUCCAGAAGCGGCACGAAGACAUCCUACAGGCAGUCAGGCUGGCGUACGACCGGGGCGUCAUCAUGCUUGCGGCCGCGUCCAACGACGGAGCCCUGGAAGAGAGACCGGCCUUUCCGGCGCGGCUGGACCAGGUCAUCUGUGUCAACUCGGCCGAUGGGCUGGGCUCGAGCUCAGCCUUCAACCCGCAGCCCAGCAUCGCCGAGGACAACUUUACCAUCCUCGGCGAGAAGGUCGAGUCUGCCAAGGUCGGCAGCCACCGAGUCCGCAAGAGCGGCACGUCCGUGGCCACAAUGAUCGCUGCCGGCGUGGCUGCCCUCGUCCUCGAGCUUUCGUUCCAGCGACCGGCCAGCAUGCGCGAGUCUGACAUUCGCUCGUACUCGGGCAUGCGUGCCGUGUUUGCGGCCAUGUCCCGCGACACGUCGACCUUUUCGACCGAUGGCAGGUACUUUAUUCGGCCCUGGAAACUGUUGGACACGGAGAAGGAUCUGGAUUAUAUCCUCAUGGAUAUUGCGUAUAUAUUGAAUCGUCUCUAA